UCGUGCACCUUGGUAACCACGUAAACUCUUUACUGUGUUGGUUUCAGUCAAUGUUGAUGUGGUAGUGCAUAACCGGGAUAGACCGAAAAGUAAGCAAUGGCAUUACCGUUUCUCCCGGGAAACUCUUUCAACAAAAGCCUUGGUAAAACAAAAUACCACAAAUCUCACCAUUUUGACUACAAAAAUGAAGUCUCUAUGCUGGUUGGAGAGGAGAAACCUGGUAUAGGUGGCGAACUCCUCAGAGGUCAAAAAAUAAAACCACAAAACACAGUCUUUCCAAAGGGAGAGGGAAGCAACUUGCCUGCAUGGGUGGCCUUUGACAGACAAGUUCUCUGUUUUGAUGCAUAUUUCCAAGAGGCUGUUUACGAGAAACGCGAAGAACAGUACAGAGUUCGCAACUGCAAGAUCUAUUUCUAUUUAGAAGAUGAUUCUAUUCAAGUCAUUGAACCAAGAGAAAAGAACAGUGGAGUACCACAAGGCACACUUAUUAGAAGACACAGAAUCCCCAAACCAGCUCCACAUGAUGAUGAAUACUACACUGCUGAAGACUUUAAUAUUGGCUGUGAAAUUAAUCUUUACUCUAAAGUUUUCAAGAUCACCAAUGCAGAUGACUUCACAAAGAACUUCCUAAGAAAAAUGGGAGUCAGAGUCAAUGAACCCGAUAAUAAACCAGAAAACCCAUACACCAAAUAUAGAAAAGCUAUGGAUGAAAGCAUGCAGCCACUCCGUCCAUAUGAGAAGCAUGACACACUUAAGCAAUUCUUGGACCAUGAUCGUCAUGUCUUACGCUUCUUCUGCUACUGGGAUGACACAGACAGCAUGUUUGGUGAUCCUCGUGAACUGGUGCUCCAUUACUUCUUGGCUGAUGACACCAUUGAAAUCCGAGAAGUCAUUCCUGCCAACUCUGGAAGAGAUGCUGCCCCAAUGUUCCUUAGACGUGGAAAGCUUCCCAAGAACAUUGAAUCACUCAGACAACCAGGAGAAAUUACAGACAGGACCGUACUGAAUGUAUUUGGUCCAACUGGUCAUGGAGGCAGAUAUAUCUUAGAUAGCUUAAAGACUGGAGCAGUGAACACAGACUUCUACAGAGACAGUGAUCUUACACUGGGAUCUGUACUCAAUGUUUGGGGAAGGAAAAUCUUACUGUGUGAUUGUGAUGAAUUUACAAAGGAGUACUAUCGCACUAAGUAUGGAAUUGAGGACUUCUCAUCUGUCCAAUACAAGAAGAACACAGGAGGAAAUCCUCCUCGCCAAUUCCCUCCCUACAAUGGAUGGGGAAGUGAAGAGGACUCACUCUGCUCUUGCAUGGGUCUCCUCCCAAAACCACCCAAGAGGGACUUCAUUAAGUUUAUGGAGAAGGACAGACGUGGGCUUGACAGCAAUGUACUCCGCUUCCUGGCCCGUAUGGACACAUCCAAACCCAUUGACCAGGAACGGCGCUUCAUCAUCUCUUAUUACCUGUCUGAUGAUACCAUCUCAGUCUUUGAGCCUCCUGUCAGAAAUUCAGGAAUCAUUGGUGGUAAAUUCUUGGAGAGAACCAGAAUUAAGAAGCCUAACCAGCAACCCUACAGUACAGAGAUGUCCCAGUAUUAUCUAUCUGAUGAUCUGUUUGUCGGUGCUUGUGUCAACUUCAACAGCCACAAAUUUGUCCUCAUUGAUGCUGAUGAAUAUGCAUUUAGAUACAUGGAGGAGAAUUCUGGAUAUCCAAGAGCCAACAUUAAUGCCAUUUUGCAAAGACUAGUCAGCAAAGUAGGCAAUAACCAGGAUGAGAUUCGCUCAUUCUUCAUGAGAAAUGAUCCUAAUGGUUCUGGGUGUAUGGGAUAUGACCAGUUGGUCUCCCUCCUCCGUCAAAUAGACCCCACCAUCAGUGACCAUGAGAUCAUGACCGUGGCUCGUCACUACAGCCAGAGAACUCAGGAGGAUGCUAUUGACUCAAACAAACUUGUAGCUAUUGUCCAGGAACAACUCAGGAAGAGAAACUAUGAAGGAUUUGGAAAACUGUUGGAGGACUGCAUGCAGAAUGACAAAGACAAACAAGGCAUGUUGGAUGCUGAAGUUGUCAGGACCAUUUUCAGAGCUCACAAUGUUCCCCUCCCUGAUGAUAUUCUGAGAGCUGCACUGUCCAUGGCUGUUGCCUCAGAGAAAGGUGAGGUGGCUUACAGGAACCUCAUUAGUCAGAUGAAUUGGAGGGACUGCCCAGUACCCCCCAUGCAAUAUGAACCAUCCUCUGACCCCAACUGGGUAGGAACACAGCAAGGCAAAGGAAGUGUAUCAACAAUUAACUAUCAGAAUCUCCUACAAGAUUGCUUUGGAAAAGCCAAAUCUUCAUCAUAAAGACAAACAGUGCUAGGGAGUUUAUCAAAUUAUCUGUGAUACAAGAUUUGUAAUAUUAAUAUCAAAACUUGUGCCAGAAGUAUUUAAAACUACAAUUCAUUUCACUUUUCUGAACAUUUAUUGUGUUGUAAAAGGAUGAACAGUAACAAAAGUUAACAGGUAUAAAUAAUCAACAAGAAACAAAUUUGGCACAAAACAGUGUUUAUGAAGUUUAUGUACAUAUUGACUAUAAUUAUUUUAAAUGUGAAUAAAAAGAGUAAACAUG